UUACGUUCUUUAAAGAAUUUCCCAUCGACGCUGAUCAUGUUUUUGUUAGUUUUGCUGGCCGUGUCCCUACUGACAUUGGCAUGGUUUUAUAUAAAGAACCAUUACGAGUUCUGGGAGCGUCGUGGAUUUCCAGUGGAGAAGGGCUCUGGACUUCCGUUCGGAUGUUUGGACAGCGUCUGGAGGCAAGAAAAAAGUAUGGGCCUGGCUAUCCACGAUAUCUAUCUAAAAAGCAAGGAGCGUUUUGUUGGCAUCUACUUGCUCUUCCGUCCUGGUAUCUUGAUACGUGACGCCGCCCUGGCCCGUCGUGUACUGGCCCAGGAUUUCGCCAGCUUCCACGAUCGCGGGGUGUAUGUGGACGAGGAUAAAGAUCCGCUGUCGGCCAGCAUUUUCGCACUGCGAGGUCAGAGCUGGCGCUCCAUGCGACAUAUGCUGUCCCCGUGCUUCACCUCCGGCAAGUUGAAGGCCAUGUUUCCCACCUCCGAGGACAUAGGUGACAAAAUGGUUGCCCAUCUGCAGAAGAAGCUGCCCGAGCAGGGCUUCCAGGAAGUUGACCUGAAGAAGAUAAUGCAAAACUAUGCCAUUGACAUAAUUGGCUCGACCAUUUUCGGCUUGGACGUGAACAGCUUCGAGAAUCCAGACAACAAGUUCCGCAACCUGGUGACGUUAGCUCGAAGCACUUCUAGGUUUAAUGCCCUGUUCGGAAUGAUGAUCUUCCUGGUGCCUUCCAUUGCCAAGUUUCUGUUUUCGUUGGGUAUCAAGAGUCCGGUGCGUCAGGCCAUGCUGGAUAUAGUCAAGGAAACCGUGGAGUACCGCGAGAAGCAUGGCAUCGUGCGCAAGGAUCUGCUGCAGCUCCUAAUACAACUUAGGAACACAGGCAAGAUAGAAGAGAAUGACGAGAAGUCGUUUAGUCUUCAAAAGACCCCCGAUGGACACAUUAAGUCCAUUUCCCUGGAGGCCAUUACCGCUCAGGCUUUCAUAUUUUACAUAGCUGGACAGGAGACCACAGGAUCGACGGCUUCCUUUACCAUUUUUGAACUUGCCCAAUACCCCGAGCUCCUUCAGCGCCUGCAGACCGAGGUCGAUGAAACGCUGGCCAAGAACGGUGGGCAGAUCACCUACGAUGCCCUGCAGAAGAUGGAGUUCCUAGAGCUGUGCGUGCAGGAAACCUUGCGCAAGUAUCCCGGCCUUCCCAUCCUGAAUCGCGAGUGCACCCAGGAUUACACGGUGCCCGAAACCAAUCACGUAAUCCCGAAAGGCACUCCGGUGGUGAUCUCUUUGUACGGCAUUCACCGAGACGCCGAAUACUUCCCCGAUCCGGAGAAAUAUGACCCAGAUCGGUUCAGCGAGGAGAGUCGCAACUACGAUUCUACAGGGUUCCUGCCAUUCGGAGAGGGGCCGAGGAUCUGUAUUGCCCAGAGGAUGGGUCGCGUGAAUUCCAAGCUGGCAAUUGUUAAGAUUCUCCAGAACUUCAAUGUGGAAGUGAUGAGCAAGCGAGACUUGGAGUAUGAAAACAGUGGCAUCGCCCUCAUCCCCAAGCAUGGAGUGCGUGUCCGUUUGUCCAAGAGAGUGCCCAAAUCAGCCUGAGCUGGACGAGCUUGACCAGAGUUUCUAGUCAACUUAUUAUGUAUUAGACGAUAACUAUUUAAUUAAAAGCAUAUCUAGAAGAUUUGAUGGUUUUACAACAAUAUCGAUGACAUCGAAAAUGGUAAUACAUCAAACAAGAAAUAUAAUUAGUCAACAUAUGUUUGAGUUUAGGUAUUUUAUCAAAGUUAAUUAUAUUAAAGCGGUGCACUUCAUCAAAGUUAGUUCGAAGUGUACGCUACCAUUUAAAUAGUUAAGUCUCCUUAUCGCUAUCAUAUAUUUGCAGUGAUAGGGGAGCCACUGUGUGAUUACUGAUUACUAAUGCCACUUAUAGACGCCAAAGAUACAAAAUGAUUUUGGGCAUUUCUUUUAUAAUUUCGAAAAUAUAAAAAUUAUUCAUUGGCAGGAAAAAACGCUACAGUCUAGUGCGAUUCAAAAACAAAUCGGAUAAAUUCUAAACAAAAACAUAAAAUCAUACAAAAAUUGUAUUUCCUAUUAAUUUAAAUUAUGAAAUUAUAAUAUUUAUACAAUAAAAAUGACCUCAUACCUAAUUUAAGACACUACAAAUGUAGUAUUUUUAAUCACAAUAAAUUUCAACACUUUCUGUUUGAUUUCACAAGG